AUGUCUGACAUUCCAAGCUUCCCUAAGUCCAUUGGACUGCUGCUAUACCCAGGCUUCGAGGCUCUCGAUGCUGUGGGACCGAUUGAGGCAUUGAAUUGUCUUUGCAACUUCCCAGGCUACGAAGAUCUGAAGUUGAGCAUUAUCAGCCGCUCUCUGGAACCCAUCGCUCUGGGUGACCGCGACUUCUUGCGUGCGCAGAAGUACCUACCUACUCACACUUUCGACACGGCACCUCAGCUUGACAUGCUGUUGAUCCCUGGUGGCAUGGGCUCUAUAGACUUCCUGCCUGGAACCGAGAGCAACAAUGUGGACGACUACAUCGAAUAUGUCCGCAAGGCAUACGGCGGCUACGACUCAUACAAGCCGCUUCAGUAUGCUUUCAGCAUCUGCAAUGGUGCUAUUCUGCUAGCUAAAGCCGGUGUCCUCGAUGGCCGCAAGGCAACUACGAACAAAUCCGGGUUCGCGCUCAUCGCGCAGUCUGGACCGAAGGCCCACUGGGUUGCUCGCGCCAGAUGGGUUGUCGAUGGGAAUGUAUGGACUACCUCUGGUGUAAGUGCUGGUGCGGAUGGUAUGCUUGCUUUCAUGGAGGCGAGGGUGCCGAAGGAUGUCUUGAAGUCUGUCGUUGGGGUGAUGGAGUGGAGGAGGGUGUCGAGCAAAGAGGAUGAUCCCUUCGCUGAAUGGCAUGGCGUUGAGGAUGUACUGCCGAAGCAGAAGUAG